UUGUGCAUUUAAAUAUGUUAAUUUUAUACAGAAUAUAAGAUUAGAAUUAAACUUUGAUGCAAUAGAAACAUAUGAUAAACAGUAAAUCAUAGAAACAAAAGAUCAAAUAAAAUCAAACGAUUUUUACACAAAAUGGCAAAUGGAAGUACCGUGCACCUCAAAAGCGAACACAACAGGGAAUUAUCCGAGAAGCAUUACACCGAUAAAGUGGAUGAUAAGCAGAUAGAUGUGGAGGCAGAAACUAAAGAACAGCACGGACUUCCCGUGGACAGAGGCUGGGCUUGGGUUAUACUUUUUGCUUCUUUCUGCAAUUGUCUUCUAUCUGUUGGAAGUUACAAAGCAUUCGGCGUGUUGUUUAUAGAAAUCCAGACCAAGUACGGAUCAAGUUCGUCCAUGACAUCUUUGAUUGCCAGUUGUUUGAAUGGCACAUACAGUGCCACUGCAUUAAUUGUCACAACAGUUGGCUUACGAUAUUUCAGCAGUAGACAGUUCAUUGUUUUAGGCGGUCUGAUUAUGUCCACAGCACAUAUUCUGUCCGCAUUCGCACCAACAGUAGAAAUACUGAUCCUGCUUCUUGGUUGUGUGAGUGGUAUAGCUCAUGGAAUGAUUACUGCGCCAACAAUUGCACUCAUAAGUCAAUAUUUUGAAAAGUACCGAAGCCUCGCCAACUGCAUUUCUGCCACAGGUGCUAGUGUUGGUUCUCUCAUUUUCUCGGUUCUUAUUCCUCAUUGGAUCGAUGAAUAUGCAUUUUCUGGUACUGUCUUGCUGUUAGGCGGUGUAAUGUUACAUAUGACCGUCUCAGGGCUGUUGAUGCGACCAACAACAUUUUAUACAAAAGAUAAGGAUCCUAAUACGGAUGAAACGCAAAAUGAUGACAAAAACUUUUGUGAUAUCGAUGAACAGAAAACAAAUGGGUCACUAAAAAGUAAAAGACACACAGACAAAAUAAACAAAGUUCGUACAGCGAGUGAAACGAGAAACGUUGGUCACUUAGAGCUGCAAAAUGAACACAAUAUUAAAGGAACUACUUCACCUUUAAUUGACGCAAAGUUUUCUCCUGUCUCGUUACGUAUCACUGCAGCUCGGAACCCGAGGAAACGUACAAUAUCCGAGCUCAGUAAAACGAGUCUUGCACAUACAAUGGGUAGUGCAGUUUCAGCUCUGAACAAAUCUAGUAUUGGGAGGUACGCAAGCACAGAACUUUCUUUUUCUUCUAUGUUAGAUCUGAGUUCAAAAACGCAAGAACAUGACGAAAAACAGUCUGAAAACAAACAAACAUGUGCAUGUUUUAAAAGGGUCUUUUUCAAAUUUGGCUCAGUUAUUGACUGUGGGCCGAUGAAAAGGAUUCCGUUUCUAUUCUUUAUUCCCUGUGGAUGUUUCAUCAUAAUGGUUGCAUCCAUUGGGCUUUAUCUACCAGCGUAUGCCAAAGACUUAGGAAUAUCUUCCAAAAAGUGUGGACUUCUUAUAACCAUUGUAAGUGUCACUGAUAUGUGUGCAGCGAUUUUCUGGGGUGUGUUUGCAGAUAAACAGUACAUACGAAGAAACAAAAUCCUAUCAUUUGCAAUUGUGACGAUGGGAUUUGCAACUUGUUUUACUCCACUGUUAAAAACGUAUACUGUAUUUGUGAUAUACAGUGUGAUUUAUGGAAUAUUUGGCCGUGUUUACUUCAGUCUAUACCCAGUGAUUCUGGUCGACUUUAUAGGUCUCGAAAAUUUGCGUAGUGCGCUUGGUAUUAUGGGUCUUGCACAGACAGCCAUAUCUGCGGCUUUGCAGCCUGUUAUAGGUAAAACAUUACCCUUCUCUGUUCUACAUGUUAUGUCAUCUUGA